AUGGUUCCGGAUGUAAUCACGAAUGACAUGCAGAUAUGCGUCUACGAUUGUUUAGGUAUUAUGAAUAUUAGCAAUCUCCAGCUGACGCGCGCACUAAACUAUUUCAGAAUAGCAGAAAAUAUUGAUUCGGAUAAAAUUAGUAGACUGGCUCGUAAGGUUAAUAUAGCUAGUGUACAUAAGAUGAAUGGUGAUUACAUCACAGCAUGGCUAUUAUGUAAAGAAGUUUUAAACGGAAUAGACCUCUCAUCAUCUGAAGACGAUGUAUUUGGCAGCGUUGGUAUAGCAUCAUGUAGAGAUGAAACUAAAAUCAUCAGCAUCGAGACAGUUUAUGAAUACGAGAAGUUCACGGAUUUCGUAGCUACCAGUGAUAUUGAGAAUUACGAAAAUCAAAUACGUUUUGCAUAUCUCGAUAUUGGAGAUUAUUACCAAGAAAUCGGCCAGCUAGAUCUCGCAAUAAAAUGCUAUCAGAAAGCCGUCCAAAUACCUGUGGAAGACUCAGACUCCGACGCUGACUGUUACCAAAAAUGUUCUGAAGUUUUCGAGAAGCAAAACGAUUUUGACGGGGCAAUUGAAUUUCGUAACAAAAUGCAUAUCGAAUAUUGUAAGGAAGAAGAUGUGUAUGCAUCAACAUGUAAGGACGCUGCUGUUUCCUAUGGACGCCUGGGAAAUUUAUAUUUGAAACAAAAUAAGAUUAUUGAAGGUUUGAAAUCGUUUCAUAGAUCAUUCACUUAUUGGUCGAAGCAAGUUAAUUGGAAACGAGUCGAAAUAGAGAAAGAAGAAGUUAUAGCACACCAAGAAGACCCGAUAUAUGCAGACUUAGCCGACGUUUAUGAAGAACUGGCUGCCGUUACCAUUGAAAACGAUGAUUUUACAACGUUUUGUCUUGAAAGAGCCGUUGAGUUUCGUCUUAUGGAUUUACAUAUUGGACUGCGGAUGAACCGAAAAGAAAUUAACUGUGACCCAAAAAUUUGCAAGUAUUGCGAUGUCAUUGCCACUAUUGCUCAGCGACGAGAACUAGAAGAUAACAACACGGAUGGUAAAGGCUUAUUAGAAAUAAAAUGUUCAUAUUCAAAAAGAGAUAAGGCUGCAUCAGAAGCAUGUGAAGAUCCACAAUUUUAUCGUCUUAAAGAUGACAAGAAUAAUACGCUUUUAAAAACAACAUUUUGUUCAACAUUUUAUGAAACACCCGUUAGUUAA